AUUUAUUCGGGAGAGGUUAAAAGCCACAGAAACUUAUUGGCUAGAAUUGGUUAUUUAUAACAACAACACAUGAGCAAAAAGCUCAAAACAUCUACAUACUCUUUGGAAUCCUCGAUUUUUUGUACGUGUAAAGAAGUCACACAAGAAAAUCUUGGGUUGUUGUAAUCUUCAUCACACUAGUAUGUCAACGGGACAAGCGCCGGAGAAGUCCAAUUUUUCUCAGAGAUGUAGUCUGCUCAGCCGGUACUUGAAGGAGAAGGGAAGUUUUGGGAAUAUUAAUAUGGGGUUGGCUCGAAAAUCCGAUCUUGAACUCGCCGGAAAAUUCGAUCUCAAAGGACAACAAAAUGUGAUUAAGAAGGUAGAGACCUCAGAAACUAGACCGUUCAAGUUGAUUCAGAAGUUUUCUAUUGGUGAGGCCUCUACUUCUACCGAAGACAAAGCCAUAUAUAUUGAUCUCAGUGAACCGGCAAAAGUAGCACCGGAGUCUGGAAAUUCACAGUUGACCAUAUUCUUUGGAGGAAAAGUUAUGGUUUUCAACGAGUUUCCUGAAGACAAAGCUAAGGAGAUAAUGGAAGUAGCUAAAGAAGCGAAUCAUGUUGCUGUUGAUUCUAAGAACAGUCAGAGUCACAUGAAUCUUGACAAAAGCAACGUGGUGAUUCCCGAUCUUAACGAGCCAACGAGUUCCGGGAACAAUGAAGAUCAAGAAACUGGGCAGCAACAUCAGGUUGUGGAACGCAUUGCAAGAAGAGCUUCUCUUCAUCGAUUCUUUGCUAAACGAAAAGACAGGUAAACUAAACUCCGAAACUGUUUUGUGCUUGGUUAUGCUUUUUCUAGGCCGCUCGUCAAAAUGUAUGCAUAGAUUAGGAUCAAAGUUUCUUAAAAAAGUUAUAUGUAAAAAUAGCUAAUAAUUACCAUAUUAAGACUUAUUCGAGUUAUUCUAGGAAUCCCACAUCGGAUUAGAAGCGUAUUACCAAUCAAGUUUAAGUUGAACAUUCAUGAAAUUGAACAUAGGGUGGUCCUAGUAUGUUUAUGAAUUAUGAUUCCUAGAGUAAGAUUUCGAGAUGUGACUCAAGUGUCAUCAUUUAUAAAGAACAUGUAAAAAAUCUUACAAGUUACAAUGAAAUUCGAGAUGGGACCUAGAGUAGUAUAUAAGAGAUAUGAGUCCAUCAUCUAUGUGUCCUUGAUCUAGGAAAAUUAUUAGUAAAAUGUCGAGAAAUUUCUAGUUAAAAAACACUAACUAAGAGUUCUUUGUAAAUCAAAACUUCAAUAUCUACUUUGUCUUAAAUGUUGAUUAAUUGUUUUGAUUUCAGGGCUGUGGCUAGAGCUCCAUAUCAAGUGAACCAACACGGUAGUCAUCUUCCUCCCAAGCCAGAGAUGGUUGCUCCAUCGAUAAAGUCAGGCCAAUCGUCGCAACACAUUGCAACUCCUCCAAAACCAAAGGCCCAUAACCAUAUGCCGAUGGAGGUGGACAAGAAAGAAGGACAAUCUUCCAAAAACCUUGAACUCAAGCUUUAGGGCGUAUAAAAUGCACGAUCGAGUUCACGUUUCUAGUUUUCACUUAUUUAGGAUUUGAACCCAAAUACCCUUUUAUAUUUUCUUCCAUUACUUUUGACCAAUUUAAGUUAUUUAUAGUACUGUAUUACGUAGCUAGUAUUUAUAUUUCAAAACAUACAUAUUUUGAUACUUGUUUUUUAGAUUCUUUAAUUAAAAUUGUCAUCUGGAUUACCCUUUAUCGAAAUUUUUUAAUCACCUGAUAUAAUCUCACCAGUGAUGGAUUUGCGUUGUU